AUAUAAUUAUAUCUCAGUGGAAGAAUGAGCCUCACAGUACCAGUGAUCAAGUUAAGCUGAGUCAGCUAACCUUUAUUUUGCAAUCAUUCAACCAGUUUCUGCCUCCCUUCUUUUCUUCGAUCUUCUAUAAAAUUUUUGCUCCUCUCUAUCUGCACCAUGCUUUAACACGGAUACAUGUAUCAUUAAAAUCCGGACAAUAUGAAUGAGUGGUCAACCAAAGAUGCAGUGGCAAUUGAGCUACGUAUUUUCGAAGAAGAUCGAGGAAAAAGUACAACAGUGAGGGAAAAGCUCACAGCAGAAACUCAUCAGGCCAAGAAUUGGUGGAAUACAAUCUUUAUUAUAUUAUGUGCAUGUGCUGUCUUCAAUGAUCCUAUCUUCUGUUAUAUCACGGCCAUUGACAACGAAAAUAAGUGCUUCACGAUGAACAAGAAUUUGGCGAAGAAUUAUGUUUAUACUCGAACAGCCACAGAUGUUUUUUACCUGCUGGACUUUUUUAUUUCUAAGUGUGGAUGUUGUUGCUGUAGAGGUAGGAGAUCAUCCAAGUCAUGCGUUGCUAAGAUGUUAUCCAUUAUGUCUCGCAUCUUCGUCUCUCUCCCCAUUGCACAGAUAUAUGCAGCAGGGGGGAUGAAUGCAGAUCUACACCCUUUUAUUAGAGAGUAUCUUCUUUUCACUUGGCUUCAAUAUGCAUUACGGAUUUACUACAUCCAUGAUUGGUUAAAGCGGCGUCCUAUCAUAGACAUAACCCGAGUAAAAAGAUGGAUCAGACCUAUAUUGGGUUUUUUUCCCUUCAUCCUUGCUUCUCAUCUUUUUGGAGCCUUCUGGUACCUUUUUGCAACUCGGAGACAGCUUCGCUGUUGGUUAUCGACGACCCAUAAAAUCAUCGCUGAUAGUCGAACUACUCUAGGUCCAGGAUAUAUGACAUAUAUGUGUGCAAUGAAUCCCAAUGAAACCUAUUAUAAUGAUACUAAAAUCUGGCUUUGGGAUGAAUUAUGCCCUUUGAAAGAAGCUGAUCCAAAGGCGUUCGACGCUGGCAUAUAUUUUUACGCUCUGCAAUCUAAUGUGGUUAGUCCAUCGCAUCCUCUCUUACAAAGAGUAUUCCAGUCUUUUUGGUGGGCUCUACGAAAUAUGAGUUCUUUUGGCUCAAAUCUAUGUAGCAGUAUGGAUACGUUGGAAAUCUUCUUUUCUGUUAUGAUAUCUGCAACUGGCAUGGCACUGUUUUUAGUAUAUCUCAAUGCAAUGGUGCAGGAGUCGAAAGAAAGGUCAAAUAAGCGUAUGUUGAAAGAGAAGAAGCAAUUGAUGAAACCAGAUGUCGAUCUGUGGUUAUCUAAAUACUACCCCUCUAAGGAUAACGAAAAAAUGGAGACCGGGGAGAGAAAUGAAAAUUUAAAGGCAGCGAUCAUGGAAAACAUACACAAACUCAGAGAAAACAGUGAUCUUGAUGUGCAAAAUAUCCUUGGUAUUCUUCCCAUAAAAGACAAACAAAGCAUCAUGUCUUUUCUCUUCUCAGCUUCAUUGAAGAAGGAGCCAAUGUUUCAAACCAUACAUAAAAAGGUGCUAAAAGCAAUUUGUCAACAUCUUGUGCCACUGACCUACACUGAAGAUAGCUAUAUUGUCCAAGAAGGGAAACCACUUGGGAAGAUGCUCCUAUUCAUUCAAGGCACUGCAGUAACCUACUCCCAUGGUGAAACCAGCAGUGAUUCCUCAAGCAACAAGUGGCUUGAAAAAGGAGAUUUUUAUGGCGAUGAACUCCUAAAUUGGGCAUUCAAAUCUCCCUUGUUUUCUGAUUUACCUAUCUCGACUACGAAUGUCGUCGCCCAAGAAAAGGUUGAAGCAUUUGCUAUUAGAGCCAAAGACUUGAAGAGUAUUUGCUUUAAAUUCUGGUGGCUUUUUAGUAGAGAAGUAAAUGCCUCUCAAUUGGAGCAGUGGAAGCAUUUGGCAGCAUCUUCCAUACAAACAACCUGGCGCCAUCGUCAAGUAAGGAUCCGUUUGGCAGCGUCUUAUGUACAACCAAACAGUUGCCUCCAUCAUCGUGCAAAGCCUGUAGGCUCAACUCACUGGAACAAAAUUGUCGUAGAUUAGUGCAAACAUUAGCUUUUUGGGUUGAAGUACAAUAAAUAUUUUAUUUCGAGUCGAGUUUAACUAUUUGUAUAAUUUUUUUUGUUUUUUGUUUCAUAACUAUUUGUAUAAUAAAUUAUAGAUAUUCUCAUAUAGCCUAUUUCAAUUCAUUA